AUGUUUCGGUCGCUUUACACUUUCGUUCUAGUUUUGUACUUUUCGCUCCAGCUGUAUGCCGCGCAGACUAGUGAACCGUCUAUCUUCGUCGAAAGUAUCAACCCUACCGCGACCGUGUACGGAGGAAAUGUAGUUGGUACAUCUAAUCAGACGGCUGUAUGGGUAUCGAGUACGUCUACAUCAACGGGGAUAGUUUUGGCUACGAUAACGAUCGCUGGGAGUGGAUCUGAGGAAGUUUCGAUAUUUGCGGUAUCAAAUACCGUGAAUUCAAAUAUAAAAAGUUCAAUUACACCAAUAGAAGAAUUGAACACAAGCAGUACUCCCGAGCCAGUAUUCAACGCCACGGUAAUUCCAGUCACCACACUCGAAACCACGACUACAAUCCCUCCCCACGCACAGAUAAUCACGAAGACCAGCAGUCUCCUCACGACCACCACCCUCUCACCAACUGCUUCAACUACCGCCCCAAUACCUUCUCCCGAGAAGGUGUCUCGUAAAUUCCCACCUGGAAUUAUCGUAGCUCUUUCUGGCGGCGGCGGCGCAGUCGUUCUCUCUCUUUUAGGUCUUGGGGUUUUUGUGUGGAUCCGCCGUCACCAGGUAAAGGAGCCAGAGUUUAUUCCUGAGCCUGUAAGAUCCCCGAGGUCACCGCCGGCAAUAGUGAUGUAUGUGGAGAGAAGAGAAGAUGGGGGGUAUUUUGAUAUCGAGAAGGAGGAAGGGGAGACAGGAUGGGACACGGAUGCGAUGUAUGUCGGAAGCUAUGGGAGAGGGCGCAUUUAG